AUGAUUGUGGAAGAAUCGUUACAAUCCAAAGAGCAUCGUGAGCUGCUUGACACGAUCGACAAGCUCCGAUCUCAAGGCAUCAGUCGAUAUGUCGAUCUUCCUCAGAUUAUCGUUUGCGGUGACCAAUCCUCAGGCAAAAGUUCAGUUCUUGAAGCAAUAUCUGGCAUGUCGUUUCCAACAAAGGAUAACCUCUGCACACGAUUUGCAACAGAACUAAUUCUCCGUCGGAGCCCUGCAUCAGCACUUCACAUUUCUAUAGUCCCAGGACCUGACCGCUCUGAUGACGAGAAGGAGGCUUUACGCUCAUUUAGCUGCUCUGCCUCGGUGGAUGACCAGGGACUAGGUGAAAUCGUCGAGAAGGCAAAGGAAGCAAUGGGCUUGUCCUCCUCCUGCUCUAGCAGUAGAGUAUUCAGCUCAGAUGUCUUGCGCGUUGAGCUUUCCGGCUCCCAACAACCUCACCUAACAAUGGUCGACUUACCGGGUCUUUUUGCGGCCGGUAAUAGCGCCCAGUCUGAUGAGGACGCAGAGCUUGUCAAAAAGCUUGUACUCUCCUAUAUGCGAAGCCCUCGGAGUAUCAUCCUAGCAGUCGUUUCUGCCAAAAGUGACUUUGCGCUACAGAGCGUCACUAAGCACACGAGAGAUCUAGAUCCUCUAGGAAUGCGCACUUUGGGUCUGAUUACGAAACCCGAUACCCUUGAUGUCGGUUCAGAGAACGAAAGGUCGUAUAUAGAUCUCGCUCAAAACAACGAUGUCAAAUUCCGACUUGGCUGGCACGUUUUACGCAACAGAGAUUUCUUGAAAAGAGACACCUCAACAGCUGAACGAAACCAGGCGGAAGCGGAAUUUUUUGCACAGGGAAUUUGGACAUGCUUGGAUCCAGCUGAUACCGGGGUUAAUUCGCUGAGAUACAAAUUGAGCCAGAUCUUGAAAGACCAGAUCCUCACCCAGCUUCCAAACGUGCUUUGGGAUAUUGAAUUGGGCAUAAAGGACUGUCAGGCCAAACUGGAAAAAUUGGGCGCCUCCCGCGUUAAUAUUGAAGAACAGCGUCAUUACCUUUUACAAAUUAGCCAUUCCUUUCAUACGCACAUUAAAGCAGCAGUGGCUGGAGUGUACAAUGACCAGUUCUUCGGUUCAGCGAAAACGGACGAAGGCUACAGAAAACGUUUAAGAGCAGUUGUGCAAAAUACGCUCCUCGACUUUGCGCGCACCAUGCAAUCGAGGGGACAUUUUUUGGAGAUUGUCGAUGAAGCCCCAGCAGUGCAUGACCUACUCGACGGGGUACCCAAGAAAAUAUCUCGAGACGACCCUCAUAUCGUCGGCGACCUAUUUAAAGAGCAAUGCCAGCCGUGGAAGGGCCUGGUUGAUAGCUUCACCCAGAAAAUCUAUAUGGCUGCCCAUUUUACGAUUCGUUCAGCGUUAAAUAAUGCAGCCGACGAGGCCACAGCAACAGUACUAUUGCAGGAAGUCAUCCUCCCUGGCCUCCAGGGAAUUAAGAGAUCACUAGACUCAAAGGUUGCGGAAAUUUUGGAACACCAUGAGGUCGGCCACCCCAUUACUUAUAAUCACUAUCUGACCGACAAUGUCCAGAAAGCUCAAUCAAAGCGCCGGAAAGAAGAACUUGAAGAACUCCUUAAAGAGGUUCUAGGUCCCUAUUCUUUAGAUAGCGGCGUAUAUAGUCACCAAUUUCAUGCUGAAGUCUUGCUAUCGAGACUUGUCGAGCGUACUGAAGCAAACAUGGAUCGUUACGCCUCAAACGCUGCCAUUGAUAUGAUGGAAGCAUACUACAAGGUUGCCCUCAAAAGGAUGAUUGACGACGUCAGUGUGCUUGCGAUUGAAGCCUGUUUGAUGAACCAGUUACCAGGGCUGUUUUCUCCUAAAACCGCAUGCAGCUUACCCGAUGAUGCGGUCCGAAGGAUAGCUGCUGAAAGUCCAAGGUCCAUAGAGGAGAGAAUGCGUCUAAAGGAGGCACUUGCAGUUCUGGAAACAGGUUAUCAGCACCUGAGCCGCCUAAACACCUAUCCAAGUAAACCAGAUGCUAUUACCGAAAUUAGCUCAGUCAUAGUCCAUGAUAACACACUAAUGGAGCCAGAUCUUGGGAUCCCAUCACCCCCUGGCGAAGAUGAUAUUGACCUCGACAGAGUUAUUAUCUUCGAGGAGGACGAGCGGCCUCAUAGUCCAGAAAACCCACUUCCUGAGUUAGGGGCAGACUCAACUUCUAAAUACGACUUUGGCAUCCAGGAAAGCAAAACCAAAAAGAAAAAGAAAGGUAAGAAGACGAUUGUGCGCACGGAGGGUUACGAGUCAUAG